AUGACUUGGAUACUUUCCACCGUAUGGGAGGUCCUUGCACUGUGUCUCGCAGUCCAGAUUACUGUAAAGCAAUUCCGUGAACUGCGACGACACUCAACAAGAGGUAUUAUCGGGGACUGUUUCAUGGUGUUGAUGCAAACUCACGUUAGUUACUUUGCGAGUUUUUUCGCUAUCUCUUGCUUCCAGAUCGGUUUCUUCUCUUCAACACUCUUAGCGAUUUAUUUUGGUCUCGCUGAGAUAUUCCAGGUCGUGCAGAUGUUUGUGCUAGAAUCAUGCCUCAUCCUCGGUGUUCGAGAAUAUCACGCUGAACUCGUGGCUAACUCUGAUACAGCAACCGCUAUGACUUCAAUUGCUUUUCAGGAGCGCAUCCAUGUAUCAACUAGCAAUAGUGUUGUAGCGCAGGGGAUGCUUGAUAUGAUUCAUUGUGAUGGGCAAGAAGAACGAGAAGACAAUUCUCACCGCAUAUUAGCCUUCAGUGCUGCAGUUCAAAAUACCAAGUACCGAAUGGCAGCGACAAAGCAAGUGCAUAUUGCAGCAUUUUCACAAUGCCCCGCGUCCAAGCUAAUCGCAUCGGCAGAGACUCGACGGUUAGGCGGCUCACUAUGGCCUUGCAAGGGUGUGGGAGUCUCACAGGCGCCUGUUUCCACAUGCUGCACUUGCAAGAGGCGAGAGGUCAGCGAGAGGUUGUGGGAGUUGCGUGAGGUGCUUGCAGGUCAACCGGUCAUCUGCAGCGGUCUGCAAGCAAGGAAUGCACUGAGUGUGACACGAAUUUACAGGUAUACCUAG